GACCACGGGAAGGGAGACCCAGCUCUCCGACUCCGCCACCUUCCGCGCGCCUCCGCGGCUGCUCGGGCCUCCUACGAGAGCCAGGUGAUACUUCGCUCUGCCCUCUGCUUUGGACACUUGCUCACAAUGGAGUUCCCUGAUUUGGGGAGGCAUUGUUCAGAAAAAACUUGCAAGCAGCUAGAUUUUCUUCCAUUAAAAUGUGAUGCAUGUAAACAAGAUUUCUGUAAAGAUCAUUUUACCUGUACUGCCCAUAAAUGUCCCUUUGCAUUCAAGAAGGAUGUUCAGGUCCCAGUAUGCCCACUUUGUAACAACCCAAUCCCAGUAAAAAAGGGAGAGAUACCAGAUGUGGUGGUUGGUGAGCACAUUGAUCGAGAUUGUAAAUAUCACCCUGGGAAGAAAGAGAAGAUUUUUACAUACCGGUGCUCAAAAGAGGGAUGCAGGAAGAAAGAGAUGCUGCAGGUGGCUUGUGACCAGUGUCACGGCAAUUUCUGUAUUCAGCAUAGACAUCCUCUGGAUCACAGCUGCACACGUGGGAGCUGCCCCAUCACCGUGGCCGGAUGUUCAGCUGCGAGAGCCUCUGAGUCCAAGCCAUCGGGAGCUCUACACACCCUGUCUUCCAGUUGGCUAGCUCAGCGAUUCAGGUACCAGUCCAAAUGGCAUGCAUGGUUGUUGUUGCUUUUGUAUCGGGUGUGGCAGCCGUGUGUCGCAGUGGUGAAUAUUGAAGAGUGCAGUUGGUACUGCAGUUAGUACCUGGCUGUUUGAGGUUACAUGCUCUGCCAGUGUACAGCUGAAUCCUAAGGAAGGGCAAUGCAGGGCUUGAACUGCAGCUUUCUCGAACCCCAAAUUACAAGUGCAGUUCAUUCCUACACAAUGUAUUCCAGCAGUAAGCCUGUAUAGCUGGCUUCUGAAAUACCUUAUUUGGCCUAGAUCUUUUAUAUGAUCAACCACUUCUAGUUAAAACAACUCUAAAAAGUAAGCUAUUCUUUUGUUCUCUUUCAGGUGGAAAGUAAAGAGAUGACGUGACUAUCUGUUCAAACAGGCACGUUAGCUUAUUUGUGUAUAUAGUUUUAACUUUGUGGAUAGCUCUUUUGCUCUACUACUUUCAUACUUAUCACGGCAAACAGUAUGAAAUUUUAUUUAACUUUUCCAAUACAAUGUACAAAUUCUUUUGGCAGAAGAAACAAUCAGAAGGGUAUUACUGUUCUAAGGUGGGCAAAGCUACUAUAACAACCUCCCUCCCCCCAAAUAAAAUAAAGAGACUUAAAGGACAAAGGAUCUGAGUGUGCCAGAUCAGAGGGCAGCUCUCUGUCUUGGGCUCAGGCAAGGACACAGUCUUCCAGAAGCUUCUGUCACUUAAACAGCUGAUCACACUCGGUCUUCAUUGGCUUCUGUAGCAAUUGGCCAUCUGAACCCAGGAAAGGGGAUAGGACUUACACUUACCUUGUUAAGGGUCCUUGUCCAGAGGCAGCCCCCAGCCCACCACUUCCAUUCCCCUGAGAUAGCAGUCCUGUGACCAUACUGACUCCAAGCAUGAACCGUACACUCACGGCCUCGGUACCUGUUGACAGAGCUCUCGUUUCUGAGGACCGUGGGUGUUAGGAUUCAAGGUGAAACAAAAUGGCAUCGAGUUGGGUCCUGAUCUUAACCCACUGGCAAUCCUGCUAUACAUUCCGGACAUCCCAUUGUGCCUGGAUUGACAAAAAUCCAAGCAAUUACUCUGUUUUUCUGGCUUCACAGCCUCCAGAUAUAAUGAGGGGAGGGGCUUGUAUUCAGUUUCCAUUCAACGAAUAGGUGGUUAGAACUGUUUCUACCCUCUAUCUCAUUUAGUGGUGUUUGUUCUGGACAGUGGUUCUCAAGCUUGAGUAUGUGUCAGAUGGCCCAGAGGGCUUGUUAGAACAGUGCUGGGCCCACCCCAGAGUUUCUGAGUCUGUGGGUCUGGGCUGGACUCUGAGAAUCUGCACUUCCUACAGGUUUCCAGGUGAUGCUGAUGCUGUUGGCCUGGGGACCACACCUGGACAAACCACUUUUCUGCAUCUUUGCAGUCCAGUAUGGCAGUCAUUAGCCAUAUAUGUUAUGGAGCACGUGAAACAUAGCCAGUGCAACCGUGGAGCUGAAUUUUUAGUUUUAAUUAAGUUUAACAACGAUUAACUUGAUUCAGUUAUUACAAAACUUUUAAGUAUGUUAGGAACUUGGGUGUGUGAAUCUAUUUUUUCACCUGUAAAUUUUAUCAGAUUGAGUCUUCUCAUGAAAAUUUAAUGUCCAGAUUGAGAAUCUGAAACACACUGGGCCUUGAAGACCAUACCAAAAAAAGUAAAAUCUCUCUUUGUUAAAAAUAUUGUUUAUGUGUUGAAAUGAUAAUAUUUUGGAUAUGAUGGGUUAAAUAAAACAUUAAAGUUAA